UACACACACACACACACACACACACAUACACACACAUAUACACACACACUCCCCAAACAAAGAGAAGCACGCGAGGCAGCACAGCAUCCCACCCUUUCAGCCGCGAGCUCAGUCACUUGCAGAACCGCCCCCCCUCCCCUAAAAAAAAAAAUCCCUCUCACACAGAACCGGUCCGGUCCGAGGCUCGAGCGCACAGAACCGACAAUGACAACUAACGGCGCGUCUAACGGAACCAGCGACAUGCUGCAGAUCCAGUUCGGUCUGAUCAACUGCGGGAACAAAUACUUGACGGCGGAGACCUUCGGCUUCAAGAUCAACGCGUCCGCCACGAGCAUGAAGAAGAAGCAGAUCUGGACUCUGGAGCAGAGCGGCGACGACUCCAGCGGGAACGUGUUCCACCUCAAGUCACAUCUGGGCCGGUACAUCGCCGCCGACAAGGACGGGAACGUUACCGGAGACAGUGAGACCCCGGGCCCGGAGUGCCGGUUCAUCAUCACCGCCCAUGACGACGGCCGCUGGUCCCUGCAGUCCGAACCGCACGGGCGCUACCUGGGCGGAACCGAGGACCGGAUCAUCUGCUUCGCCCAAACCGCCUCCGUGGCGGAGAAAUGGAGCGUGCACAUCGCCAUGCACCCGCAGGUGAACAUCUUCAGCCUGACGCGCAAGCGGUACGCGCACCUGAGCAGCAAGGUGGACGAGAUUGCCAUCGACCGGGACGUCCCGUGGGGGGUGGACUCCAUGAUCACGCUGGUGUUCCGCGAGCAGCGCUACCACCUGCAGACCUCCGACAACCGCUUCCUGAGGAACGACGGCGCGCUGGUCGCCACCACGGACAAGAGCACGGGCUACACGCUGGAGUUCCGCUCCGGUAAGGUGGCCUUCAGGGACUGUAGCGGCAAGUACCUCGCGCCCUCCGGGCCCUCCGGUACCAUGAAGUCCGGCAAGAGCGCGCGCGUGGGCAAGGAUGAGCUGUUCGUGCUGGAGCAGAGCCACCCGCAGGUCGUGCUCACCGCGGCCAACGAGAGGAACGUCUCCACCCGGCAAGGUAUGGACCUGUCAGCCAAUCAGGACGAGGAAGGCGACCAGGAAGUGUUCCAGGUGGAGAUUUGCCGCGAAAACAGGAAGUGUGCGUUUCGGACCGCUGCUGGGAAAUACUGGACCCUCACUGCUAACGGUGGCCUGCAGUGCACCGCAUCCACCAAGUCAGCUAAUUGCUACUUUGACAUCGAGUGGCGUGGGAAGAGGCUGACCCUCCGGGCCGCCAACGGGAAAUAUGUUGCCGCCAAGAAGAACGGCCAGCUAGCAGCCACCAUGGACUCCGCAGGUGAGACCGAGGAGUUCAUCAUGAAGCUGAUUAACCGCCCGAUCAUCGUGCUGCGCGGGGAGCACGGCUUCAUCGGCUGCAGGAAGGUGACGGGGACGCUGGACUCCAACCGCUCCUCCUACGACUACUUCACCCUGGAGUUCAGAGACGGAGCCUACAGCCUGCAAGACUCCACGGGUAAAUACUGGAUGGUUGGGAACGAGCAGUCGGUGGUGAGCAGCAGUGACACGCCCGUCGACUUCCUCUUCGAGUUCUGCGACUACAACAAGCUGGCGGUCCGCCACGGCGCUGACGGCAAGUACCUGCGCGGCGACCACGCCGGCGUGCUGAAGGCCAACGCUGACGACCUGGAGACCGCCACACUCUGGGAGUACUGAGGGGAAACCUCGGCAACGGGGGGAUGCUGCGAUGCUAAUGAAUGAAUGAGUGAAUGGAGUGUGGCGACGCAGCAUGGCGGCACUACCCGUCCAUACAUCUACCUAUC